GCCGAUCCGAUCCGGUCCGGGAAGCCUCCGCAGCUCGGCAGCAGGAAGCCACCCGGAGCCGUGACGUCACGGCGCUCUGACAAGCUGGUGGUGCCCGGAAGAAAAGAUGGCGGAUCAUGAGGAGCAGCUCUCCGACGAGGAAAAGGUACGCAUAGCGGCUAACUUCGUCAUCCACGCCCCACCAGGAGAGUUCAACGAAGUUUUCAAUGACGUGCGAUUGCUGCUCAACAAUGACAAUCUUCUCAGGGAAGGUGCAGCACAUGCAUUUGCACAAUACAACUUGGACCAGUUUACCCCGGUGAAAGUCGAGGGAUACGAAGAACAGGUCUUAAUCACAGAGCAUGGCGACCUCGGAAAUGGCCGGGUCCUGGACCCCAAGAACAAGAUCUCCUUCAAGUUCGACCACCUGAGGAAGGAGGCGAGCGACCCGCGGCCCCAUGACGUCGACAGCUCCCUGGAGGGCUGGAGGAGCUCCGUGGACUCGGCCGUCAGGGCCUACGUCAAGGAGCACUAUCCCAGCGGAGUCUGCACCAUUUAUGGGAAAACCAUCGAUGGACAUCAAACCAUCAUCGUGUGCAUCGAGUGCCAUCAGUUUCAACCAAAAAACUUCUGGAACGGACGCUGGAGGUCAGAAUGGAAAUUCACCAUCUCCCCUUCUACCACUCAAGUGGCAGGAAUCAUGAAAAUCCAGGUUCAUUACUAUGAGGAUGGAAAUGUGCAGCUGGUGAGCCACAAAGAGGUCCAGGAGUCCAUGUCUAUUUCUAAUGAGGCUUCAACUGCAAAGGAGUUUGUUAAGAUCAUGGAAGCAGCAGAGAACGACUAUCAGACGGCCAUCAAUGAGAAUUACCAGACCAUGUCGGACACUACCUUCAAAGCCUUACGCCGCCAGCUUCCUGUGACACGCACCAAGAUCGACUGGAACAAGAUCCUGAGCUACAAGAUUGGCAAAGAGAUGCAGAACGCUUAAAAAACAACAGAGAAGAUAAACAGACAGCUCCCAAGCCCCCCCACCCACCCCCACCCCCCCAAACAACGUUGCAUGACUGGAUAGUUGUAUCGUCUUUGUACAAAAAUUAGAGAAACGGGGACAAAGAAAGGUUUGGUCUCAUAGUCUGAUGUCACCUUACACUUUGGAUGUCUACUUAUAUUCAUGGAAUUUUUUUUUUCUACAGACACCGCUAACUCCACUGUAUAUUAAAUCUACAAUGAUAAUCAUAUUUGGGAAAAUAUAACUUGAGGAAAUAUUACAAGACAUAGGAAAUGGGGCGGAUGCUAGUAUGCAAAAAACACCUGUAUCAAAUACAAUAUCACGUGUGCAAUAUUUAUUGUGUCAGUGAGACCAUACCUUUUUCCUGAUCUUCUAUUAAACGGUUUCAAUUUGCGGUGCUGGUGAAACUAAUGAUUAUUUUUUGGGAGACUUGUUUGCGUUAACUUCAGAAAUCGGACAGUGUGGCUAAAAAGAAUGACUCCCUUCACUUCACAGUUAAUGUCCUAUACAGUCCAACAACAACAAAAAAAUCUUCUUGGUGUUCAUUGACUGGUAUCUUUGCAGCCACCACUGUCAGCCACUCAAUGUUCUUGUUUCUUCAUUUUGGUACUUCCCUCACUGUUUGUCCUUGAUGCGAGAUCUCAGUGCUCCUGGCUAAAUUGCCUUUUUAACGCGACAUCUUCUUCUGAACUCCGACCCAGCACAAGGAGUUCGGUGACCACGUGUAACAAGCUUAAUUAACAAAGUCAUUAAUCGCAAAGUAACAUGCAUAAUGUCCAAUUUACAAUAAAAACAAGAAAAAAAGUAUCACAUACUCCUUCAGUGCUUAUUUUUUAUUAAAAAACAGAACCUGUCUGUAUUAUAUAACGAGGCACAUUGUAAUAUAUACCUGUAUCAAACAUCCUGUCUGUCAGUUUGGUGAUUUAUUUCCAUGAGAGUAAUUGUAAUUCAGUCACAAUUAUGUUGGAUUAAAUGACAAAUUUUCUA